GCGAAGUCUGGAACAUUGGUGUGAUAUACGCUAGGGCUCACACCGCUAACAGGUCUUUCUUCUUCCAUCAGAAAGGAUGCUUUCAGGGGACAUACCUCCAAAUCAAACCAUUUACGUUAAGAAUCUCAAUGAGAAGGUUAAGAAAGAAGAGUUGAAGAGAUCUCUGUACUGCUUAUUCUCUCAAUAUGGCAGGAUUUUGGAUAUUGUAGCUCUAAAGACACCCAAGCUUCGAGGACAGGCUUGGGUUUGUUUUAGUGAAGUAACGUCUGCCAGUAAUGCAGUGCGACAGAUGCAAAACUUCCCAUUUUAUGAAAAACCUAUGCGAAUUCAAUAUGCAAAAUCAAAGUCAGAUUGUAUUGCUAAAGAAGAGGGAAGUUAUGUUCCAAGGGAGAAGAAAAAGAAAAUAGAGGAGAAAGCUGAGAAAAAGAGGCAUGAAACGCCACAAUCUUCCGUGCCUAAUGGAACACAUGGUGCAAGUAAUGGCGGCCCAACAGCCUCAUUCCGUCCGGGGUCUGGUGCCCAAGAAGCAGUUGCUCCUAACAAUAUUUUGUUCAUAGAGAAUUUGCCUUACGAAACUACCGGUAGGAUGCUUGAAAUGCUCUUUGAACAAUACCCGGGUUUUAAGGAAGUGCGCUUGAUUGAAGCAAAGCCAGGUAUCGCCUUCGUAGAUUUUGAAGAUGAUGUGCAAUCAUCAAUGGCAAUGCAGGCUCUUCAAGGCUUCAAAAUUACCCCUCAAAAUCCUAUGAUUAUAAACUUUGCUAAGAAGUAACUAAUUGAUUUUUCUGUAUUCGAAGUAAAUUUUGCUCACCGAAUUAUUGGUGUAGGCCUUUUUAAAAAACCAAUUGCAGAAGUUGUAAGUUUACAGGAAGUUAGAUAAAAGUAGACAGAAAGUGAGAAAUCUACCACAUGUGGGAAAAAUUGAGAGUGUUCGGUAUAAUUAUGUCUAUUGAUUGUAUGUGGUUUAUUUUUAUUUUCUCUGUAUAACAUGUAUUAGUUUACUUUGUAAACAUGUGCUUGGUAUUUCAAAGCUUUUUAACGACAUGAA